CCUCAUUUGAUGCUACUUUUGUCUCUCAAUUCUUUUGUUUUUCUCCAAAUAAAUCACUCCAAGAACUCUUUUAACUUUCCUGUAGGAAUGAACAUAUUUGAGGUGCAUUAUCUCUUCUGGUGUCCAGCUCAGCUUGCGCGCAACUGACUAAUUGAUACAGACUAGAAAAGUGAUAUCAUUUGUGAUGGAGAAGAAGAGAUCAACAAGAAAUCCACCACAGCUAGAGAAGAGUCAGCUUAAUUGUAUGUGGGGAUUGAUUAGUAGCCUUUAUUUUGGUCAAAAUCAGAGGAAACAGAAGCUACUUUCAAAUGGGAAAGUUGCAACUAAGAAUGUCAUAGGCAAAAAUCCAAGAAAGCUUGAUGCUUUGACUUGCUGCAGUGACCAAUUACAUUGUUUUGAG